AUGUUCGAACCCUUUCCGCGCGGUAUUGCUGCCUCGCUCCGAGCCACACCACCCCAGAUCUGGCUUAUCGUCGGUGCCACCCGCGGAAUCGGAUUGGAAUUCACCACGCAGCUCCUCGAUCUAGGGUACACCGUGAUAGCCACUGCCCGGGCCCCCACCGCCUCCACCACGUCCACUGCGAGCAAUCUCUGGGCGCUGACCGGCACGCGAAAUGGCCACAACCUGACCAUCUUGGAGUGCGAUGUGAGCAGCGAAGACUGUAUCAAGGGAUUUACGGAACAGGUGCGGAGGCUAGGACGGCCGGGGGGGGUGCUCGACAGGGGCGUCAUCGACGUCGCGGUGCUGAACGCCGGGAUUCUGGAAUACCCCGGGCGCGUAUCUGAAGUACCCCGCACUCCUUCUCCUCCUUCGCCCACCACGUCCACACCAACACGAUCGGGCCCCUCGUCACCGCCUCCCACCUCCUCUCGCUCGCCUCCCCGGCCACCGCGCGCGCCCAGCCCCAGCCCGGCAGCCCCCUCUCCCCAGCCUACCCCCCCCACGGCCCCCAUCCACGUCAAGACGCUCGUCUUCCUCUCCUCGGACUCGGGCUCCGCGGCGCGCUUCCGCGCCUUCGAGGACGGCUUCGGCGUCUACUCGGCCUCGAAGGCGGCCCUCAACCAGGGCCUGCGCCACCUCGCGGCCGAGCUGCACAAGAAGUCGACCGACUCCGUCCGGGCGAAGUCCGCGUCGCCGCUCAGCAUCAGCAACCUGAUCACGGGCAGCCCCGGCCCGCGGGGAAGCCGCACCGUCGUGCUGGCGCUGCACCCCGGGGAGGUGAGCACGGAGAUGGCGGCCGAUGUCGGCCUGGCGUGGGAGGUCGAGGGGAUCAUCUCUCCGCGGGAGAGUGUCGGGUGUAUGCUGAGGGUUAUUGCGGAGAAGGGCUGGGGUGGGUAUGAUGAGGGGGGUGAGAGGAGUGCGAGGGAGGAUGGGAAGAGAGAGGAGGAGGGGGCGGCGACGUUUUGGACUUGGGAAGGGAGGAGACAUCCGUGGUGA